CGAACUGGACUGAGAAAGACUUCUGGAUGCACCAGUAAAGUGGAGGAUCAGCCAAAAGAGGAGAAGUGAAAGUGAUAAAACGGAGAGUGGAGCAGCAGGAUUUGGACUGAGAAUACAGGAAGAAGACAGAGGCAGAGUGUUCAGGGACAGAAAAAUAGACACAGAGGGUGAAAGGAGAAAUCACUCUCACCCACUUGCCAGUUCUGCCAGGUGGUUGAACCUCCUUCAGUUUCUCUUUUCCCUCCCCUUUCCUUCUCUUUACCCUGACAUGGACCGCCUGCUGGCCCUGGCCCUCGCCUACCUGGCCUACCUGCUGGCCACAGCGAUUGCCUCAGAGCGCCAACAGCACCGUGUGCAGCAUGGCCCCUGCAGCUACACUUUCAUCCUGCCUGAGGUGGAACAUUGCCGUCCCUUAAAGGACAUCCAGGUCACAAAUACCCUCCAGAGUGACUCUCCACCUGAGCCAGAGUCUGAUACAAGCCAAACCAAGCAGAGCAAGUCCCAAAAGGAGAGGCCUUCCUGGCAGGAGAGGAAGCUGCAGAGUCUGGAGAGUGCCAUGGAGAAUAACACUCAGUGGCUGCAGAAGCUGGAGAACUUCAUCCAGGAGAAUGUGCGCUCUGGGAUGGAGGAAAUAAAGAGAACUGCGGUACACACCCAGACAGCUGCCAUGCUCGAGAUGGGAACCAACCUCCUCAGCCAAUCAGCAGAGCAGACCCGCAAACUGACAGACGUUGAGACCCAGGUGUUAAACCAGACAAGCCGCCUGGAGAUUCAGCUACUCGAGUACUCACUCUUCACUAACCGGCUGGAGAAGCAUAUUCUUCUGCAGACUCAAGAGAUCUCUCGCCUGAGUGAUAAAAACAGUUUUCUGGAACAAAGGCUCUUAGCACUGGAGGGUCGGUACGGGAGGGAACUGAAAGGGCUGCAGAGCGAGAAGCAGCAGCUUCAAGAGCUUCUGGAGAGGCAGAGCCAACUGGUCAGUCAGCUUCAGAGUGAACUGGGCAGCUCUUCACUCAACAGCACCUUAAUGCAGAGGCAGCAGGCCAUGCUCACGGACACUGUUCAGCAGCUGCUUGCUAAGGCCAGUCACUGCAAUGAAAUCUCCAAUAUGCCAGAGGAGGAGCCACUUAGUUUUAAGGACUGUGCAGAGAUCCUGCGAUCUGGAGUGAAAGAAAGUGGAAUAUAUAGCAUACGCCUCCACAACUCCACACAGACUGUCAAGGUGUUUUGUGAUAUGAAGACCAGAGGCGGGGGGUGGACAGUGAUUCAGCAUCGAAGAAACGGCUCCGUGGACUUUCAUCGCGGGUGGAGGGACUACAAAAUGGGCUUUGGAGAGCCGUCUGGGGAACACUGGCUGGGGAAUGAUAUCAUCCACAAGCUGACCAGCUCUCAGGAUUACAGUCUGCAUGUCCAGCUAAGAGACAGAGAGGGAAAUGAAGCAUAUUCACACUAUGAUCACUUCUACAUCGACGGAGAGGACAACAACUACAGCCUUCAUGCAGACAGCUUCAGUGGCACAGCUGGACGGACAAGCAGCCUCUCUCACACUGGUUGCCAGUUCAGCACCAAGGACAGAGACAAUGACCGCUGCACCUGCAAGUGUGCGCAGCUCGCAUCAGGAGGAUGGUGGUUUGAAGCAUGCGGUCCGUCCAACCUGAAUGGUAUAUAUUACCCUGCCUCAUCCAGCGUGGUUCGCUACAAUAGUAUUAAGUGGUACUAUUGGAAGGGUCCAAAUCUGAUCACUACCAUGACAACCAUGAUGGUUCGCCCAGCUAAUUUCUGAUGGCACCUGCUUGUCCUUGGCACCAGAUAAUGAAGUGAAUGUCGUCACUGCUAAACAGAAAUGAAGAAUCUCCAAGAAAAUGUAUAUUUUUGGGAAGAAACUCAAAGAAGGCUUUCAGUGAUUUAAGCUUCUGGACAUUUUGGGGAGGGGGGGCGGGUGUUUUAGCAGUCGCCUGGGGACAUAUGCAGACUCACCACAAAUGACUGUGAAUUCUUGAGUGAGGAAAUCCUCAAACCGGAACUAUUCACAAAGGUACUCAGGCUAUAUUUUAAUAAGGAUUGUUCAGCUGUGAGAGGAAGGAGACAGAGAGUAUGAGCUUGGCUACAGACAAAAAAUA